AUGUCAGGUACUUGCGGUCGUGCCAACAAGCUGAGGGAAUUCCAAAUGCACAAAGGUGCUCAUCGAUACUUGCCAGGAUUGGUUGACGAGCAAGUGCCCGUGGAUGUAUGUCCAUCAGACUCUCUAGGUCGUGCUACCGAGCUACCUCCCGGACCGGGAAUCGAACCCGGAUCUUUUGGUUACGCACCAACGGCUCGGACAGUUAAGCUAUCUGAGACAUCGUCCGUAACAACCUUUCAGUCUAAUAAUUUUUUGUUUAACACGAUAACAGAAAAAUAUUUAUUAAAAUAUAGUCGAUAUUCAAAAGAGAAAAAGUGA